AUGAAAGAUGAGACGUGGGAAGAGCUGGAGUCGUGGUGCAUUAGCACAAUACAACAUUAUAUUGCUGAUAACAUUAUCAAUAAUUUUAUGGAUGAGGAUUAUGCGCUUGCUCUGUGGGAUAAGUUAGGCCAGCUUUAUAUUGCUAAAAGCCUAACCAACAAGUUACAUAUGAAGCGGCAACUGUACAAGCUAAAGAUGGAGGGAGGCUGGAAUCUCAUAGACCACAUGAGCAUGUUCAAUAGAUGUAUAUAUCAACUGCAGAAAAUUGAUGUGAAGAUUGAGGAAGAAGAUAAGGAGGGAAUCACGGAAGGACAUUUGAUGGUAGAUCUAAGAGAGAUAGCAGGUUCAGAUCUAGUUCCAAAGGAAGGAAGGGGUGUCCAGUGCUAUGUAUGUAAAGAAUUCAGUCACAUCAAACUAAAAGAAGAUUUCGGAUUUGUCCUCACGAUAUCCGAAGAUUGUAACCUAUUUAUGGGUGAUGGAUAUCCUUGCAAAGUUGAGGGAUUUGGAACUAGCAAAAUAAUGAUGUAUGUUGGCGUGGUUCACACAAUAGGCGAUGUGGCAUAUGUACCAAAGAUGAGAAAGAAUCUAGGGUAA